AUGAAAUUAAGCGCCCUGUACCAACUGUACACACUGUGCACGCUGUGCAUCCUGUACCUAUUGGUCAGUUUAGCCAAAUGUUCGGAUGAGGAGGUGCACGAAAAAGUGAAGUCCAUUGUGAACGAAGCAGACGACUGCUCACUGGAAGACGUGGAGUUCAUAGACAAGUAUAACGAAAAACUGUACUGGAUAUGGACGAACAACCUUUUCAGGUAUUUAAGAGUCAAGCUGUAUUUGUACGAAAGUGACGCUAUUUACAAAAAUGUGAAAGGGAAAAAUGGCAAGGCGUUAGGGGACGACGUGAAGGACGCGCUUCAGGACGACUUCUUUAUCUACAAAGAGAGAGAGGAAUUCAUACGAAAUGCCCUGAACAUCCUGUCCAAUGAAAAGUUCUUGGCAAAAACGAUAAGUGUAUAUACACCUAAAAAGGAAAUAAAAUUUUUCCAAGAAUUAUCGGAGAGGCAGUUAAUUGACCUGCUCAUAAAUGAAAAAAAAAACUUAAUAAACUCAUUUAACAAAUUUAAAUUGUUUCAAGAUUUUCGAGACGUUUUAAAUUCAAAAUAUUAUUACCAGAGACGCUUUUCACAGAGGGAUGCAGAAUUUAAAGCUGACGAUAAUGCAGGUGCCGCCCAGAAUGAACAAAUGGAGGAAGAUAAAAAUGUUCGGGUAAACCAUAAGAGAACAAAAAAUGUAAUCACAUUUAAUGCUGAGGAAAUACCGCGCAUGAUGGAGAUACCCUUCGACUUCUACGAUCGGAACAAGUGGAACAAAUAUUUUCAUUCCAUCAGUGAUGAGUAA